UAGAGGUAAGGUUGUCUACAUCUUACCCUUCUUAGACCCUAUCUUAGCUUUGCUAUUGGUGAGAUUUACUGGGUAUGAUGAUUAGUUUUCUACACCUAAAUACCACCUAAUUUUAUACCUGCAAGGAUUUAAACUCACGUCACUUUUUUAAAGCGCAAACAAUACAUCGUACCAUUAGACACUAGGUCAUGGAUGAGCGGCUCUUUGAUCACGUGUUACACGCUUUAAAUCCCAACUAACAAAAUGGGUGCAAUCUGUAAUGUUUUGAAACCUAAAGGGGUCUGUCUGAAACUCUACAAACAUUUAACACAUCACCAACAGUAGUCAUUCUACAAACAUAGUAUUUAACACAUCACCAACAGUAGUCAUACAAAUUAAAACACGGGUAGUCUGUCGGUAUCACGAAAAGUUCCCCAAAAUGAGUCAAACUAUUCAAAAAUCUUCCAGUAUACACGCGAAUUUGUGCCAAAUUUAUCAGAUUCUGCCGUAUGGGUACGAAAAAUAAUCCGAUUUUAUAGACAAAAUCCUAAAAAAAUUAAGAAUUUUGAUCUUGAAAAGGGGUGCACACCAACUGUUUGUUAAAAAUCCUAUCUUUCUAUGAUCUUCACAAGAUCACAGCUCAGUUAGGUAUGCUCGUGAUUCAGUGUCAUAAAGAAGUGAAGAACACAAGAUCUUGUGAAAUCACUUAAAUGGCUGAAAGUAUGGUGUUCUUUAGUAAGGAUGUUCUCAUAAUCAAACCUCCAAAGAAGUCUGCAGUGGUAUUAAGACUGAUUGUAUUUACAUUUUCAAUGGUGUUUGGUGUUUAUGUAUGUUCCAUCUGUUUUAAGCAAAUAAAUAUUCAAACCAAGAACAUGUUUCUCGACAAUGAAGUAAUCGAAAGGCCCUGUUGCAACGCCAUCGUUGAUCGAUCACAAAUCCCCUUCUUGCAUUACCCAAAGCCCAAAACUUUCGAUAGGUUGGAAUGUGCAGGGAAUCCUGUGCGUUUGUUUGCGAUUUUGUCCAUGCAAAGAUCAGGGAGUGGGUGGUUCGAGACUUUAUUAAAUAGUCAUGUAAAUGUCAGCUCUCAUGGUGAAAUUUUUGGUCCAAAGAUUAGAAGGGAAAACAUUUCAUCGAUUAUUAAAACGCUUGAUAGCGUUUACAAUUUGGAUUGGUUUACUAGUUCUUCCAAGAAUGAGUGUUCUGCUGCAAUUGGAUUCAAAUGGAUGCUCAAUCAGGGUCUAAUGGAACACCCUGAAGAAAUCAAAGACUACUUCAACGAUAAAGGCGUAUCCAUUAUAUUUCUUUUAAGACGAAAUGUGCUUCGUAGAUUGGUUUCCAUGCUUGCAAAUUCGUAUGAUAAAGGUGCCAAAGUUUUAAAUGGUGUCCAUGUGUCUCAUGUCCACUCACACGAAGAGGCUUCGGCACUUUCUAAAUACAAACCUACAAUCAACAUAUCAUCACUCGCGUUGGAUUUAAGAGAAAUGGAAGCAACUGCUAUGAAAGCACUUGAGUACUUCAAUAGCACCAGGCACAUGAUUCUCUACUAUGAAGAUCUUAUCAAGAACCCUUCGAAACUGAUGGAAGUUCAAGAUUUUCUGAAGCUUCCGCGUAUGAAGUUGACUAGCCGGCAAGUCAAGAUACAUAAAGGGCCAUUGUCGGAACACAUCAAGAAUUGGGGCGAUGUUAAUAGGACUCUUUACGGAACAACUUAUGAAAAGUUUCUUCAAGCCGACUAUUGAUUUGUACGAUGUAAAAAUGUUGGUAGAGUCGGGUGGUUUGUCUACCGAAGGAUCAAGACAGGAAAAACGACAUUUUGAGUUUGUUGUCGCUUGUUGUAGGUUACCUAGGUUUUUCAUGUAGUUUAUAGGUAUUCAUGUUGCUAGCUUAGGCCAUUUGUUAGAAGUGCAAAUAAGCUUGUAUGUAAACAUGAUUCUCUUUUAUUUUCUUUGGUUCAUUGUCC